UACAUAUGUCCAGCAUGAUUCGCGGCUCUUGCUUGGGUCGCGGGAACUUGCGCCAGGCAUUUUCGCCUGUAGGUGUAGGUGCCACCGCUGCGCUUCGCGUGGUCCGUGCCGCAAAUCCUCAGCAUCAGGGACAGCCUACGCGGCUUGGGAAUGAGCGCGGCUUCACGGCAGUGGUGCGGUCGACGGAUGAAUCCACCACUGGUGUGGCAGCGACGAGUGAUAAACGCGCUGGCCGUAUGACCUACAAGCCGUUGAGCUAUGGGGAAAUGGUGAAUGAUGCCGUGGAUGCCGUGUCGAAUGCGAUCAACGACGGCCUCAAACUGCUGGAGGUGGAGUUCCCCGCGUUGCCCACCAAUAUCGACGCCUACAAGGGCGCCUCUGACCUGUUCAUUGACUCCAACACCCAGCUGGCCCUAGCCGCUGCCAAACGCCUGUCGGCGCGCGGCCGGAAGGUCCACAUCGUUCUGCCUGAUGGAGGCGAGCACGCGCGCACGUGCAGGAUCUUUAAGAACUCCAUCCAGCUGGCGGAGGGUGUGACGGUGGGCCACCUACUGGAGGGCAACGCCCCCAACCCGCUGGCCGGCCUGUUCGGCGGCUCGGGGCCCGCCAGCAAGGAGGCGGGCGAGAAGGCGGACACUUACAUCUUCAUCAACGCCACCUGCGUGGAGCUGCUCAACGUGCGCACGUACAUCGAAAAGAUGCCGGCCGGUUCUGACAAGGUAAUGAUCCUGUGGAACCUGGAGCUGGACUCGCUGCGCGGCGACCUGGGCCUGCCCGCAUUCCCGCCCAAGGACCUGCAGUACCAGUUCCUGUGCCGCUUCCGGCCCGCCUUCUACCUGCGCCCGCGCGACUACUCCAAGUCGGUGCCUGUGCCGCCCUUCAUCAUCAACUACUCGGGCGCGUUGUUCCGCGAGUACCCCGGCCCCUGGCAGGUGAUGCUGAAGCAGGAUGGCGGCGAGUACGCGUGCAUCGCCGAGGACCGCGCGCGCUACAACCUGGGCGAGUUCAAGGAGGAGCUGACGGUGGCCAUGGGCCUGGCCACGGAGGCGGAGGGCAGCACCAUGCAGUUCCUGCGCCGCGGCGUCAAGACCAGCACCUGGUACGAGGAUGACUACGAGCAGGAGAAGUUCCACGAGUGGCGCUUGUAAAGGAAAGUCGAGGAGGUUGUGGCAGCUUCGGGUGUGUUUGGGAUCUAGCUUUGUCGCCGACGCGGUUCAUGACCGGGUGGGGUUUGAGUGUUGCGCUGUGCAAUUUUAUGCGUUAAGAGUGACACGUUGAAAGCCACAGUGUCUUUCAGACUUGGGUGAGAGCGCCAUGUAAUUCCACUAGUAC